CUUCUUGGUAAGAGUGGCUCAGGGAAGAGCUCGGCUGGGAACACCAUUCUGGGUGAGGAGCUCUUCAAAUCAGACAUGAAGCUGUCCAGGGUCACACAGUUCUGCGAGAAAAGGACCAAAGACAUCAAUGGGAGACCUGUAUCGGUGAUUGACACUCCUGGACUCUUUGAGACCAGGCGUUCAAAAAAAGAGGUCGUCCAAGAGAUCCUGCAGAGUGUGACCUAUAGGCCUAGACCUCACAUCUUUCUGGUGGUCAUCCCCAUUGGCCGUUUGACCCUUGAGGACAAAAGCACCAAUAAUUUGAUCGAGAGCACAUUUGGCAAGAGGGUAUGGGACUUCACCAUUGUCCUGUUCACCCAUGGUGACCGGCUGGAGGGGAAGACCCUGAACGAUGUCAUAGCCAGCGGUGAUGAGGAGCUCAGAGAAUUUAUCCGCAAGUGCAGGGGAGGGUUCCUGGCCUUCAACAACAAGGACAUGGGCGACCGGGACCAGGUGGCCAAGCUCUUGGAGAAAAUGGAAACCCUGGUGGCUCUUAAUGGUAACCAGUAUUACAAAUCUAACCUGUACCCAAGGCAGGAGAGGAAGAUCAGAGAGAGGCAAGAAAAGAUAUUGACUGAGAGGGAUGAAGACAUUGCACGCAGGGAGAAAGCGCUGGAGGACCUUUACAAUGGCGAGGAGUUGGAGAGAGAGACGAGAGCUCUUUGGAGGAAAGAGGAGGUGGAUGCAAGAGAAAUGUCAGAAGUGCUGCCAGUUAAAACCCAAAUGGGAGUAGUCAUUGCCACAUCGCUGAUGGCCACUGCAGUUUUGGGGCCGGCUGGAGUAGUGUUAGGGAUUAUUCUUGUCAUCUCUAUAAUGAUUUCAAAGGUCUGAGAAGAGCAUUUAAGAAUAUUGCUCAAGAAUAUUGUUUCAUUUUUUUAUUUAAAAACUUUUCAAUUGUGUCUUGUUGUAUCAUAAUACCUGUAUGUGGUAUAAUCUGUGAGGGAAGUGAGUUAAGUUCUUUUUGAGAUGUGAAGGGUAAUUCAUAAUUAGCCUAUGUUAAUGCUAUUCCCUGCAAACUAUAACCUUUAUUAUUUACAUUAGGAUAACAUCAGACAGUGCUAAAAGGUUGCUAAAAUACAUCUUAUAUGCCACCGUAUACCUAUAACAUACACAUUUCCAAAUUCUUAAAAAUGUUUGACAUUGUCUGGAAUUUAUGCCAUAUUAAAGGGGAACUAUGCCGUU